GCGCUUCCUCUUCGUGUCAUGUGACCCGAGCCGUCCGAUUUGCACUGUGACAGGACCCUGGGCAGUUUACAUGAGAUCCCCGUGAUGACGUCGGCGGUGGAACGCACAGAUGAUCUAGUCAGAGAAUACCUGACCUUCAGAGGUUUCACCAACACCCUGAAACAUUUUGAGGCUGACGUCAAAGCGGACAGAGAGAAGGGCUUCCGGGUGGAUAGGAUCGUGGAGCAGCUUCUGCAGUAUAUCCAGUGCUAUGAUCUUAACGGGAUGCUGGAUUACUGGGCGUACUUGGAGCGUCGCCUUUUCAGCCGUCUGGAGGACGUAUACCGGCCAACCAUCCACAAGCUGAAGACCAGCCUCUUCCGGUAUUACCUGGUCUAUACGGUGCAGACAAGCCGGACAGACAAGGCGCAUGAGUUCUUCCAGAAACAGGCCGCGGAGUUACAGAACCAAGCGGAGUGGAAGGAGUGGUUCGCUCUGCCCUUCAUCCCGACUCCUGAAGGAAACCCGACCUUUGCCACGUAUUUCUCCCGGCAAUGGGCAGAUACCUUCACCGUAUCGCUGCACAACUUCCUCAGCGUCCUCUUCCAGUGCAUGCCCGUCCCCACAAUUUUGAGCUUUGAAGCAGAAUGUCAGAGGAUCCUUCAAGUGCAGGAAGAGAACGAGGUAUUGAGACAGAAGCUCUUUGCUUUACAAGCGGAGACCCACCGGAUGCGGAAGGAGGUCGAAGAUGGUCCUUCGGCCCACCACAGGCUGCCCCACUAUGUUUCCAACAUGGAUCGCCUUGGGGAUUCAGAACUAGACAUGGUGUCCAGUCAGAGGAGUUCCAGCCUGGCCGUGCAGUCUCAGAAAACCUCCGGGUUCCUCUCCUCCUUACUUCCGCAGAGCAAGAAACCUACCCCCCGGCCACCUCCCCAGACCUCCGUCUCAUCCCCGACGCAGACUGCCACCGUCUUGCCGAUGAAGAAAGAGCCUACGAACAGUCAGAAAGCAAAAGAAGUUGUGAAUGUGACCAAGGAAGCCAAAAGUUCUCAGAAUGUUCUCGCUGCCGUCGGGACCCCUGAAGCAAACCUUGCGCGACAGCGACGCUUACAGGAGAGGAAGGAGCUAUUGUCUAAGACGUCAUCACAGAGUAUUGAAAAGAAGAACGAGGCCGGAGACGCAGAAUCCGACGCCGGACGUCCUGAAAUACACUGUGACCUGGCAGAGGGAGUCACUCGCACUCCAAGCGGAGGAGAGAAACCAGAACAGCCAUUCAUCGUUCUGAGCCAAGAAGAGUAUGGAGAACAUCACUCCUCUAUAAUGCACUGCAGGGUGGACUGCUCAGGACGUCGGGUGGCGAGUCUGGACGUUGAUGGAGUCAUUAAGGUGUGGUCCAUUGAUGGCAUCAUGCAGACCAAAGCGUCUUCCAUUUCCAAGUCGGCUCUUCUUUCCCUGGAAUGGGCAACAAAGAGAGACAGGCUGCUCCUGUUGGGAAGUGAAGUCGGCACAGUAAGGCUGUACGACACGGAAGCCAAGAAGAAUUUAUGUGAGAUUGGGAUAGCCGACGACAUGCCCAGGAUCCUGUCUCUAGCGUGUAAUCCAAGCGGGACGUCCUUUGUCUGCUCUGCUGCAGCCCCGAGCUCUCCUAGUCAUUUAGACCCAGCAAUUCCAAGCUUUGGGGAAAAUGGAGGAAAUCAGGUCCCUGGAAAAUUACUGCUGUGGGACACAAAAACAAUGAAGCAGCAGCUCCAGUAUUUUUUGGAACCAGUUCCAAUAGCAAUAAACUGCACUUCCUUCAAUCACAACGGAAACCUAUUGGUGACUGGGGCGGCUGACGGCUUCAUUCGUCUCUUUGACAUGCAGCAGCACCAGUGCGCAAUGUCCUGGAAAGCCCAUAAAGGUGAAGUCUACUCCGUGGACUUCAGCUACGACGAGAAUGCCGUGUACAGUAUUGGAGAGGAUGGGAAGUUUAUUCAGUGGAACAUCCAUAAAAGCGGACAGAAAGUGUCCGAGUACUCCCUGCCACCGGACGCCACCGGUCCCUUCAUGCUGUCUGGAUACAGUGGAUACAAACAAGUCCAGUUCCCUCGCGGGAGACUCUUUGCAUUUGAUUCAGAGGGAAACUACAUGCUGACAUGUUCGAGUACUGGAGGUGUCAUAUAUAAGCUGAACAACGAUGGAAGCUCCAUGGAAAGCUGCCUGUCCCUGGGAGGACAUCGGGCCCCUGUAGUCACAGUAGACUGGAGCACGGCAGUUGAGUGCGGGACUUGUGUGACGGCCUCAAUGGAUGGAAAAAUCAGACUGACCACCCUCUUGGCACAGAAGUCCUAAUGCUGCCACGUCAUCUGAAUACAGAAGUCCUCAUGCUGCCAAUGAAAACUUGUAUUACUUGAGAGUUUGUAUGUAGCAGUCAACUUAGUCAUUAACCCCUGAAAAUAACUUUUUCAUGUAACAUCUUCAUAAAACUUUUUACAAAUGGCGGCGCUUUAACAUACAUAAUAACCAUAUUGGUUAUUUUAGUCCUGGAGAUUAAUUUGAAAAAGUCCAGUCCCGUGCCGACUAUACAUUCCAGAUCAGUGUUAUCAUGUCGUAUGCAGAAUUACUUUAUAACAUUUUUUUCCCUAUUUAGUUUUUAAAUUUAAUGUCUUUUUUUUUUUUUUCAUCAUGCAACAUAUACAUCCAUUUAACCCUCAGAACCCCCUUCCCUUAUGUCUACUUGUUUCUAAAAAUGUGCAUUAACGAGAA